GCACAGAAAAAGGCGCGAAUGUUUGACAAACGCUUUUCCUAAAAAUAAACAGAUUAAUUUUUAAAAUGCCGAGUCUAUUGGAAAGCUGUAGAGAUGAAUUUGGUACAGAUGACCUAUAUAAAGUGUUAGGUGUGAAUAAGAAAGCUAAGGAAGGAGAAGUCAAGAAGGGUUACCACAAGGUGUCAUUGAAGGUUCAUCCAGAUCGCGUGUCCCCAGAGGAGAAGGAGACAGCAACACAGAAGUUUCAGACACUGGGAAAGGUCUACUUUAUCCUUGCUGACAAGGAAAGAAGGGCUGUCUAUGAUGAAACAGGUGAAGUGGAUGAUGAAGAUGACGCCAUACCGCAAGAUCGAGAUUGGACAGCUUACUGGCGACUGUUGUUUCGUAAAGUCACAAUGGAGGAUAUCAAAGAUUUUGAGAAAAAAUACAAAGGUUCAAAGGAAGAGCUUGAAGAUCUGAAGACAGCGUAUCUUGAGUUCAAAGGCAACAUGGAGGAUAUACUGAGUAACGUGAUGUGUUCAACUGAGGAUGACGAGCCCAGGUUUUCCGGGAUCAUCAGGGACUGGAUUAAGAAGAAAGAAGUGCCCGAUUUCCCCAAGUUUAGUAAGGAGACCAAGAAAUCGAAGGAUAAUCGAAAAAGAAAGGCUGCGCAAGAGGCAGCAGAAGCAGAAGAACUCAAAGAAGAGCUUGGUCUCCAUAGCAACGGUUCCCUUCAGGCCCUGAUCCAUGCACGACAACAGUCUCGGGAACAGCAGAUGACUGGAUUCAUGGAUGAUCUUGAGAAAAAAUAUGCACAGCCGAAAAAGACUAAAAGUGCCGGUACUGCGAAGGGCAAAAAGAAAGGAAAGAAAUGAUGGGCCAUUUAGAUUUUAAAGAAUUUUUAAUAUGAAAUUCUUUUGUGAACAUUAAAUGUAAAUGCUUCAAGUUAAAGUUUUGAGGAGAUAGAUUUGAAAAGUCUGUUUGAUGAAGCUUUCACUUGAUUUUUUUGACGUCUUAGUUUAUAAUUUGUUAUGCUAGUGUACAGUUUCAUUAGCAAUUGGUACAACUAAACCUUAAUUUGGAUGUUACUGCCUUAUGCUAUUUAUAAAACCAUAUGAUGGGGAUUUAUUAUUGUUGUUAGCUCAACAAUUUGGAGAAUAAGGAGAGUUGUACUUCUGUAGCGGUGGCUUUGGCAUAGGUGUCACGCCUUGGUCAAGUUUUGCAUGUAGGCACCUUUAAAUUAUUAUCACAGCAAAUAUAUUAAGAAUUGCAUUGAAACUUAAGAUAUGUGUUUCCAACUAUACGACCUACAGUACUUAAUUAAUGAAGUAAGGUAAAGCAAUUUUGCUUGUAAGCACACAUAGAUUAAUAUAUCAGCAACUACCCGGUAUUUGAUGUAUUGCAUUGAGACUUUAUACAAUGGUACUCAACCAUCCAACCUACUUAAAUAAUCAAGUAAGAUAACUCUUCUUUGCAUAAAAUGCAAAUUAUGACCAUUUAUUAUUUGACUUAAAUACUCUGGUUAAGGUUUGGCAUAUAACAACAUUGGAGUCAAUGUCUCAGAAAAUACAACAUGCUUUGCAUUGAAACUUGUCAUAUGUUCCCAACUAUUCAACCUACUCAAUAGAAAUCCUGAUUAAGGUUUUGAAUGUAUGGUCACAUACAUAUGUCAAUAACUCAGCAACUACUUGAUGUAUUGCAUUGAGGCUUUAUACAAUGGUACUUGACUAUCCAACCUACUUGAAUAACCAAGUUCGAUAAUUGUAUUUUGAAUAUGAUGCAGAUAGUGGCUCUUUUUACUGGUAUUUGGCUUACAAAUUUUCGUGUCACCAGAUUUUAGUCAAUAGUCCUAGCAAAUAUGUAUUGCAUUAAAGGGACUGUACACCAGAUUGGCACCAAAAAAGUUUUUUUCUGUAACAAAUCUCAGGACAAUUAUCUAAUAGAAUGUGUUAUGCUUUGAUAUCAUAAUUGUAAAAAAAGUACCAAAAUGUAAAAAAAAAAUUGAGACAUACCCAGUAAUCUUUUUUAAUGAAAAAAUACGAAAUAACUGCUAAACUUAAAAAAUUGUAAACUAUGUGGUUCUUCAGUUAGUAAGUUUCAAUGCAUUGUACACAUCGAUGCCAAGUUUAUGUCAGUUUUCGACAAUUUUCUCCUUUUUUUCGCUUUUUUAUCAUACGGAGUACAGCCCCUUUAAAACUACAUUAUGUAUGCAAGGGCUCCCAAUUAUCCAUCCGUCUUAAAUAAUCAAGUUUGAUAUCUCUAUCUUGCAUUUAAUAUAAAUUUUGCUCCUUUAUAAUUAGACUUAGAAAUUCUUGGAAAAGUUUUGCAUUUAAGCAUAUAAAAGUCAAAACUCAGCAACUACUUCAUGUAUUGCAUUGAGCCUUAUAUACAAUCAAGUAUGAUAAAUCUAUCUUGCAAAUGAUGUGAAUUUUUCCCUUUUGAUUUAGACAUUGUGGUAAAGGUUUUCCCUGUUAUCUAAUAUUACAGUGAUCCAUUUAUGUUUCAUCAAGACUUUGCAAUCCCUAAACUUAAAAGCAGCUUAAUAGGCGAACUUGCUGUCUCUGUGACAGCUCUCCAAUAGGUUAGCUUUUUACCAAACUCAUAUUUCUUAUUAUAUUUUGUUUAGUCUUUACCAAACUUUGCUACGUAAGCCUACAGUAUUGAAAUUUUUAUGCCCCCGAAGGUGGGCAUAUUAAAAUCGCACCUUCCGUCCGUCCGUGUGUCCGACUCAAUAACUCGUGUCCAGGCUGUAACUUUCCCUUGUAUGGACAGAUUUUAAAAUAACUUGCCACAUGUGUUUGGCAUACCAAGACAACGUGUCGCGUGCAAGACCUGUGUCCCUACCUCUAAGGUCUAAGGUGUUUGUUCACAAUGGAAUGCUGCAUAUAAGGACGAAGAGUAUAGGUUGUCGUGUCCGGACUGUAACUUUCCCAUGUAUGGACGGAUUUUAAAAUAACUUGCCACAUGAGGUCAACAUACCAAGACGACGUGUCAUGUGCAAGACCCAUGUCCCUACCUCCUAGGUCAAGGUCACACUUAGUGUUUAUUCACAAUGGAAUGCUGCAUAUAAGGACAUAGAGUAUAGGUUGUCGUGUUCGGGCUGUAACUUUCCCUUGUAUGGACAGAUUUUAAAAUAACUUGCCACAUGUGUUUGACAUACCAAGACAACGUGUCGCGUGCAAGAACCGUGUCCCUACAUCCAAGGUCAAGGUCACACUUACGUAUUAGUCACAAUGGAGUGCUGCAUAUAAGGACAUAGAGUAUAGGUUGUCGUGUCUGUGCUGUUACUUUCCCUUGUAUGGACAGAUUUUAAAAUAACUUGCCACAUGUGUUUGGCAUACCAAGACGACAUGUCGCGUGCAAAACCCGUGUCCCUAUCUCUUAGGUCAAGGUCACACUUAGUGUUUAUUCACAAUGGAAUGCUGCAUAUAAGGACAUAGUGUAUAGGUUGUCAUGUCCGGGCUGUUACUUUCCCUUGUAUGGACAGAUUUUAAAAUAACUUGCCACAUAUGUUCGGCAUACCAAGACGACGUGUCGCAUGCAAGACCCGUGUUCUUAUAUUUUAGGUCAAGGUCACACUUAGUGUUUAUUCACAAUGGAAUGCUGCAUAUAACGACAUAGAGUAUAGGUUGUCGUGUCUGGGCUGUAACUUUCCCUUGUAUAGACAGAUAAUAAAAUAACUUGCCACAUGUGUUUGACAUACCAAGACGACGUGUCGGGUGCAAGACCCGUGUCCCUACCUCUUAGGUCAAGUUCACACUUAUUCACAAUGGAAUGCUGCAUAAGUGGACAUAGAGUAUAGGUUGUCGUGUCCAUGCUGUAACUUUCCCUUGUAUGGACAGAAUUUAAAAUAACUAGGUGUAAUAAUAAUGUAGGUUGUCAAGUAUGGGUGGUAUAUCUUUAUGUUCAGAGGCAAUUUAAAAUAACUUGCCAUAUGUAUUUGUUUGAUCUUUAACUUUUCAUGUGCUGACCUUGUUCAUAGGUCAAUGUCACAUUCGGGGGCAUUCGUCACAUACUGUGACAGCUCUUGUUUUUAUCAAUAAUGCUCGAAUAAGAAGGUGGAUAAAGUGAAAUUAGCAUAAUUUAAACUAAUCAAAGGCCCAUAUAUCUGAGUGAAUUUGAUUAACAGUUAGAUCGCAUAAUAAACUUUUGAGUUAUGGCUCUUAAUAAAGAGGACAAAGUGAAAUUUGCAAAAUACUGACAUUUAAUUUGUUCUCUUCGAACUUUGGCAUUUCCUAUCCAAUCUUUACCAAUCCACAUAAAUAUUCCGACUCGAGUUUGAUAAACAGCUAAAAUUGUCAAAAUUUGACCAAAUUCUUGUUGCCUGCUCUCUUUCUUGACUAGUCAUUACCCAAUCUUUGCUACAAUUGGUUACAAUGUUCAAGAGCAUACUUUCUCAAACAUGUUUGAUAAACAGCCAUAUCACACUACAAUCUUAAGCGCAUUGGCUAUAAAUGGUAAUUGGGUUAUUGUUUUGAUUGUUUUAUAUAAACAAGCAUAAAGCAUCAUUUGUUGCAGAGUUAUGCCCCAAUUAAUUGUCAAAACUUUGAUUUAACCAGAAUUUAUUUCAGAAAAUAUUGAACAAAGUAAAUAAGCAUUUGAGCUACAGAAAUGCAUAACAUACAUACAAAAUAAGGAAUGGUGAAAUACAUAGACAGUGAGUAAAUCACAGAAUUGAGAAUAAACCAUAAAUGGUUUUACUAAGUCUCCCUUCUGUCAAAACUUUACCACAUUUACUUUGUAAAUUUUAGUAGGCAAACACUAUGGAAUCAAGACCAUGAAUCCGCUGUAUUCCUUCACCAAGCAAGGUUUAGAUUGCACAAAUUACUUAGCAAAAGCAACACUAUUUUAAAUGUUUUACUUGUCAAUGUUUCAUGCUUUUCAUGAUAUAUACAAAGAAUAGAUGCAAUCAUUGAUUUAAGUAGAUAUCUUACUAUUCUUAACCUGUGUUAUUCGUAUUGAAUAUAUAUGAAAAUAUCAGAAUACAAAAUGUACGCUAUGGCAUGAUUUGAUAUUACUACUAAAUUUGGUUGAAAAAUGUUGCCAGGUGGGUGCCCCUGACAGGAGUCAUAACAGGUUCCCGGAAUAUCUAGUCUAAACUGGUCUUAUAAUAAUAGAACAGAAUGCUACCUUUGGCCAUUUUAUAUUUUAAAUUGUUUGUACUAAGCCAUGCUUUGAAUUUAUUGUUGUCAUAUUGUUUCUGACAUCAUAUGUUAAUUUCAUUGUUGCCACAGUGUUUUACCGAUUCUAUACUGCAUCGUUUAUUGUAUUAAAUCGAACCAGACUAUUUCCAUAUUUAGUUUUGUACCUCAACUGCAUCCUAUGUUGUAUUAAAUCGUGCCAGACUAUUUGCAUA